UAUUUAAUCAAAAUGCAGCAACAACAACAGCAACAAAAGUUGGCGAAAAUAAAUAAUUAACAGCGAUAGAGUGGUAAGUGCGAGCGAGACAGCGAUAAACCAAAGUAGCGCAGCUCACACAUACAACGGCACUUGUGGCAAGUGAAAGACCAAUCAGCGCGACAAAACAAUGGACACACACACACACACAACAGCAGCGGCAGCAGAGAGAGCGAGAUAGACAGAGACAGAGAGAGAGAGAGAGAGAGAGAGGGAAAGGAUGAGAGACUUGUCGUUGAAGGAAGGGAGGAGAGAAAGAGGGGAACGGCUUGCAAGUGCUCAGCACGAAGCGCAGGUGAAACGCGUUGCCUAAUGAAUUCCACUUCCAACAACAACAACAACAACACGGCAACAACAACAACAACACGGCAACAACAGUAUAACAACAACAACAACACGGCAACAACAAGGACAACAGCAUCAAAUUACAAAAUUAAAAAUGGCGCGUUGUAGGCAAAGAGAAGAAGAAGAAGGAGAACGGAAUGUGCUGACACCGCACUAUGGGCAUGCUUGGUCACACUGUGCGGUCGCAUAGUUUACCACAGCCCGCCUCCGUAAAGGAAACAACGUUUAUAAGGUUUUUGUGCUUGUGCCGUAAUUUAACGAAGUCAAAACGAGAAAACAAUAAAAACCCGACGCAGCAAGCAAAACAACAGCAACAACAACAACAACAACAGCAGCAUCGCUAGAUUCCUCUAUGUGUGGGUGUGAGAGAGAGUGUGCUCAUUAAAAGCCGAGCACUCAGCUUUAUGCCUACAAAUCUGUGUGAGUGCGCGUGUGCGUGUGUGUGUACUACUUAUAUUGUUGUGUGUUAUAUUUGUUUAUGUUUUGCGACGAACGAGCUAACGAACUAGGAAACGAACAAACGAACGAAGGAAUGAACGAAGAAACGAACGAAUGAGCGAGCUCAGCGAACGGAGGCUGCGCGCGCUCCUUGUCACCUGCCUGUUCUAAGUGGUUGGCCAUGGAGAGAGCGAGACGGCGAGCGGCGAAUUUGAUAACAUGGCGAAGGCCAGAGCGAGAUAGUUUUUAACAGACGGCGACAUGUUGAAACGAUUAACUUUAACAUAAUUAUGUUA